UAAUUGACAUCACAAGUAUCAAUGCAGUAUCAAUGCACCUUAUUCAGAUUAUAUAUAUAGAUACACCAUACUCUGUCACAUAUAUCUACCAUUCAAAAGUAAAUAUAAUAAUCAAGCAAAAAAAUGAAGUCCAUUCAAGCUUUCUUCAUUGUCUUCUCUCUUCUCAUGGUUGCUAACAUGAGCUAUGGAAGAAAGGAUUUGGGAGAGUAUUGGAAGAAUAAGAUGAAUGAGCAAGUUAUGCCAGAAGCAAUUAAAAACCUAAUUAAAGUUCCAGCUCAAGAAAAAGAAGAUCAUUCUUUUGUUAAGGACUUUGAUGUUCAUCCUAAUAUCAUAUUUUAUCAUCAGAAACAUGAGAAGCAAACUCCAAAUGAAGUAAAACAAGAUGAUUCUUUUGUUAGAGACUUUGAUGUUCAUCCUAAUAUCAUAUUAUAUCAUCAGAAACAUGACAAACAUGUUCAACCUUGAAGUUAAGAAAAUGGAUUUAUUGCUACUAAAUAGGGAUUGAAAUUAGACCUACUAAAAAUAAAUAAAAUAAUAAACUAGUAGAUUCAUAAAUAUAAAUUAUCAUGAAGGCAUUGUUAUGACUAUAUUAUUAUGAACUAUGUGAUCAAAUGAUGAAAGUAUUCCUUCUGUGCUGUA